UAAUGACUGCACGUGACGGGGCGCGUCCACUUGUACUUGAACUUGCAACAACUUGCAGUUCUUAUCUUUCAUUUGUACUUUCGCCGCCGUCUCUCAUCUGCAAGCUUAGACACUAUGGACCAGAUCACUUCAGCCCUUGCUCCUUCCAGAACCUCCCAAAAAACCGCCGUGUCUGGCUCAGCACCUGACGGUCCUGGUAGCGUGACCAAACGUCUGAGCAACGAGCUCAUGACCUUGAUGAUGUCAUCAUCUCCUGGUAUCUCUGCCUUCCCAAAAAGUGAUGCAAACUUGUUCGAAUGGCUGGGCACGAUAGAGGGCCCAGCUGGGACUGUUUAUGCUGGACUAUCAUUCCGGAUCUCUAUUUCAUUCCCCAGCAAUUACCCAUACACAGCACCCACGAUCAAGUUCGACACUCCCUGUUAUCACCCUAAUGUGGACAUCGUAGGCGGCGCUAUCUGCCUUGACAUCUUGCAGGACAAGUGGUCCGCCGUGUAUAGCGUGCAAACAGUAUUACUGUCAUUACAAUCGCUACUAGGAGAACCCAACAAUGCUUCGCCGCUUAAUGGUGACGCUGCAGGGCUAUGGAAUCAGCCUGAGUCUUUCAAAGUUCAACUAAUGAAACACUACCGCCCGAUUGAGACCGCUACGUGACAGUCCUCUUGUCAUGGUCUUUCGCUUUGAUUGGUCGGCUUUUGUUAUUCCAUACAUCGACCGUAGUGUUUUCGGACUCGCACAUUUGUAGAUGGCGAUGAUUCGUCCUUCUCAAUGUAUAUUUAUCCUUGUGAUUCUAUGAUUGGAUGGAUGGGAUCAAUCCAUCAGUGCCUUGGAGUGCCACCUCAACAUACACAGCCU